AGGCGGCCGAGCGGCUCCUUUGUGUUUCCCACAAUGCACCAGCUUCUCCUCCGCGGGAAAGAAAAAUGGCGAAGGGCUGUAGUGGAGCCGGGCAGCUUGUGAGGCUGGCGUGAGCCUCUUCCUCGGCCGCUCCCGCCUCACAGAGGCCGCGAGGACCACCAGCCGGAGGCAGGCCUCUCGGGCAGGGCGCAUUGAGCGCACUGAUUUCCCUGUAUGAAGCGGUUGGCCCCAUUGGAGAGACCGAAUGAGAGACUCUACGGGGGUGGGUAAUUCAGUGGUCCACAAGCGGUCUCCUUUACGGCGACACCAAAAGCCACCAAUCUCUGUGACCAAGCUGUCCUCACGGGAUGGACAGAAAGCCAAAAAGCCACUGUGCAAAUUUGAAGAAGGUCAAGAUGUCCUAGCCAGGUGGUCAGAUGGCUUGUUUUAUCUUGGAACUAUCAAAAAGAUAAACAAAUUGAAACAGAGCUGCUUUAUUAUAUUUGAAGACAGCUCGAAAUCCUGGGUUCUUUGGAAGGACAUACAAACAGGAGCUACUGAAAGUGGGGAAAUGGUCUGCACGAUAUGUCAAGAAGAAUAUUCAGAAGCACCCAAUGAAAUGGUUAUAUGUGAUAAAUGUGGCCAAGGUUAUCAUCAGCUGUGUCACACACCAAAUAUUGAUUCUACUGUGAUAGAUUCAGAUGACAAAUGGCUUUGCCGGCAGUGUGUCUUUGCAACAACAACAAAAAGAGGUGGCGCACUCAAGAAAGGACCAAAUGCCAAAGCCCUUCAAGUAAUGAAGCAAACAUUGCCUUACAACGUAGCAGAUCUUGAAUGGGAUGCAGGCCAUAAAACGAAUGCCCAGCAGUGUUAUUGUUACUGUGGAGGUCCUGGAGACUGGUAUUUGAAGAUGCUACAAUGCUGCAAAUGUAAACAGUGGUUUCAUGAGGCUUGUGUGCAGUGCCUCCAAAAGCCAAUGCUUUUUGGUGACAGGUUUUAUACAUUCAUUUGUUCAGUUUGUAGUUCUGGACCAGAAUACCUCAAACGUUUACCCUUGCAAUGGGUGGACAUAGCACAUCUAUGCCUUUACAACCUAAGUGUUAUUCAUAAAAAGAAAUAUUUUGAUUCAGAGCUUGAACUCAUGACCUACAUUAAUGAAAACUGGGAUCGGCUGCACCCUGGUGAACUGGCAGACACACCAAAAUCUGAACGAUAUGAGCACGUCUUGGAGGCAUUAAAUGAUUACAAGACCAUGUUUAUGUCUGGAAAGGAAAUAAAGAAGAAAAAACAUUUAUUCGGCUUGAGAAUUCGUGUUCCUCCUUGCCCACCAAAUGCUGCUUUCAAGGCUGAGAAAGAACCUGAGGGAACAUCGCAUGAAUUCAAAAUUAAAGGCAGAAAGUCAUCUAAACCUGCGCCUGCUGAUCAAAGGGAAGUUACUAAUGGUGUAGAGAAAAAGGGAAAGAAAAAGUCCGUUGGUCGUCCACCUGGUCCAUAUACCAGGAAAAUGAUUCAAAAAAUGUCUGAACCAUCACUUUCGGAACCUGUCAUAGUGCAAGAAUCCCCUACUUUGGAUUUACCUAGCACUAUUGGAAGAUCUGAUGGAACUGCACACUCAUCGAAUACCUCAGAUGUAGAAUCUACAGGUACUGUUAGUACAAAAGAAACUACCUCAACCUGUAUUCCUAAACAUUACAGUUUAUCUGACUCCAGGAAAAGGACACGUACAGGUAGAACUUGGCCAGCUGCAAUACCACACUUAAGGAGAAGAGGACGCCUUCCACGGAAAGCACUCCAGGCUCAGAAUUCCGAAAUUGUAAAAGAUGACGAAGGCAAAGAUGAUUAUCAGUAUGAUGAACUCAACACAGAGAUUUUGAAUAACUUAGCAGAUCAGGAGUUACAGCUUAACCAUCUCAAGAACUCUAUUACCAGUUACUUUGGUGCAGCAGGUAGGAUAGCUUGUGGUGAAAAAUACCGUGUUUUGGCUCGCCGGGUGACACUUGAUGGAAAAGUGCAGUAUCUUGUGGAAUGGGAAGGAGCAACUGCUUCCUGACUGUAGGACUGAACAUUAUGUUAACUGUACUGCUGUUCACUAUUUAUAAUGCACAGUUAUAAAUCAGAAGUGCAGAAGGGAACUUUAUGAUGUUUCUAAAAAUGGAAACCAAGUUAGCCUUAACUCUUGCUUCUUAACAGUACAAACAUUGUGAUAAGGAUACAUUUUUUAAAAAUUGGAUUGUUAAAUUUUUAAAGUAAAGAUUUAGAUUGACUUUGGAUGGGAAUUCUGGGAUUUCACUUUGCUUUAAGAUGUGCAUGAGUACAGACUAGAGUGACUGUCUAAAGUGCAGUCUAAGAAUACUCAAUUUUUCUUUUUGCAAUUAGGGAAUAUUUUCUAUAGCUAGGGAAACAAUUUUUAGGAUGACUCUUAAUCUUUUCUUACCCAAAUGUUUGCAAAAGUGUAUUUCUACAUUGACAACCCUAGAUUUUCAUAAGGUGCAGUGUAUAUAAUUCCUAUGGAGGACUGUAAAAUAUUGAAAUCUUCUUUCACGCAAAGUGUAAAAAAAUAUAUAUUGAGCCUGUAAAUUGCUCUGUGACUAGACUUUGUGGUCUCUUUAAUAUAUUCUUUGCAUGUGUGUAUAUGUACACCUAUGUGUGCAUGUGUAUAUAUGUGUGGUUGUGACCUAUGCAAUUUCAAUUAUGGGAUUGGGCAGCUUUUGACUAUAUAUCCCAUAAUUCUUUUAUCAGGAAUAGUUGCAGUAUUUACACAGCAGCAUUUCUUCUCAGGCUUUAUUGGGUGCUGUUGCUUGCCACAUACUACAGAAUAUGUGUCAAAUGAGUGUCGUAUGUUCUGGCAGUGAGUCAGUGAGUUCAUAUGCCUUUUUUAGAAGUAAAGUCAGGGUGCAACCAUGCACACUGUGACCCAGAGCAGUCGUAUUUCCUGGUCUCUUAACUGUAAUUACAGAGAGGAAAUGCACCUUCAGGCUUGCACAUUCCUGCCCCUCUCUCCUUUGCAGAUUUACCUCUCCUUUCCCUUGUCAGUGAUAGCCAUGGGAGGGAGGGGUAGCACAGCAACUUCACCAGUGUUUUUUGCUACCUAGAAUCUGCAAAUCAACUUCAAAUCCUCGCUUCAGACUUGUGUAAAUUGAACCAUAUUUAGCUAAUUACCUCUGUGCAGCUGCAACACCAACCUGUGAUUAACAGAGAGGAAGUGCUUGUUCCUGGUCAUAAACAUGGUUAAGAUACCUAGUUAUUUGCAUCUGGUCGGGGACAGGUGGCUUAAAUAGCCUUUUCUUUCUCAACUUAACUGCACAGAACUGCAGCCCCAAUUAAUUUUGGAUAAAAGUUAGCCAUUUGAGAAACAAAUUGGGACUCGGAAAUUUGAACGUGCUUAAAUGAAAUUCGAAGGUUUUGUGACACACUGAUUGUAAAUUUUGUCUCCCAGUAAUUAAAAAAGUCAGGAGUCACACAAGAUUCCUUUGUAUGUAAUGUUUUGUAGUCAUGUUUGAUAAGUGUAGUUGGAACAAAGUGUUUAAUUGCACAGGGUCAAUGAACAGUAUGUUGCCACUUGAAGUAACAAUACUGCUUUUAUUACAAUAUUACCUCUUCUGUUCUUAUAAAUAUGAAUCAAGUUUUAAAUUUAUAACUGUUUUACUUGCAAAGUAACAGAUCUCUUUGAGGUUAGAUAAUUUUUUUUGUUUUGAGUUUUUGUUGUAUCUUUUUUUUUUUGCCAAAGAGUAAUCACAACUAUUUUGUUUCUGUUGCUUCAUUUUACUGCCUAAUAUUUUGGUAACAGACAUGAAUUCGCCAACAAAACAAUUAAAAAGGUGCUGUAUGGUUAAAGCUUAUUCCGCUACUUACUUUGACUUUUUAAACAAUACUGUGUUUUGAUCAAGAAGAAUCCUUUGUCACCUUUGAUAUACCCGAAGGAAGCAUAGACACAUUUCUUGUCCUGUGCUUGGUUGUGGCUGGCCAGAAAACUUACAAACUCUACAGAAGUGGUAACUGAAAAUGUACUUUGGUUUUGCCUUCAUGAAAAAUGUGGGUCUCUUUUUAUCUCUCACAGUCUGUUAUAAAGUUAAAGUUGCCUUGCCUAUAGCUACAAUAUUUUGAUAAUACACAAGUUAGAUUUCGAAUGUUUGUCUCUUGGGAUAAUGCAAAUUAUAGUUGUCUUGUAAUGUUAUUCACACAACCAGUUUUCAUCGUUUUUUUUUUUUUUACAAUCAUAAUUCACAUUGAACACCAGCAGUAUUUAUAGGAGGGCUUCCAUACAAAGACAGUGAUUGGAAUCUACUUGAGGAAGACACUUGACAAACUAAACUAUCAACAGAUUUGUGAAUGUUUUUGUUUUCAUUUUAUCAUGGUGGUUGACAUAUUUGUAUCUUGAAACUUUUCUAGAAUUUUAAAAAAUCAUCAUUAAAUGUGUGUAUUUUUAAGAA